AUGGGCAACCACCAUCCGAUCUUACUAUUCCUGCGUUUUUUGACUAAGCACAACAUCAUCCUCCUUCCAAAUCACCAGGCACCCAUGCGACGAUCCCACAUAACUUGUUCCGCAGUGAAAGCCUUCGAACGGAAAGCCUCUAAAUGCAGCGUUCUUGAGCUUGUAAACCUUGUUCUCCGCAAGGUUAACGAAGCGCGGAGUAUCGUCCCGUCGUAUUUUUCAUCUAUAGGGAUCGCCAACCAUGGAGCUUGA